AUGUUCAAGUCAACUCAAGCACUGUUCGGUGGUCUUCUCUGGAAGACCCCGUGGCGUCUCUCCUCCCCUCAAAAGGCACGCCAGCGCAAGCGUUUGCGCUCCGUGGAUCGCGUUGUUGAUACUCUGAGUGCUGCCCUCGAGCGCAAUGGCCAGACCUCCAAAGCUAUAACCCGGUGGUACGCCGAGAUGCCCCGCGAGGAGGAAAUGCUGCCUAAGGACAAGUACACACUCUUCGAUAAGAAGGAGAAGAGCUACCGAAAGAGCAUCCACAAGCUUCCCAAAUGGACUCGUGUCAGCCAGCGUGUCAACCCUCCCGGAUUCUAA